GCAACAUUGAGGGAAGAUUACAUUUACAAAAGCAUAAUAUUUUUCUAGUUCAUUUCGUCUAUAAACAAAUAUUUUCCAUUUGGAAUCAUAACGUGUUCUUAUGAUUUUGUACAUUUCUUUAACGUAAAUUUUGUUUAUAGUAUACAAUGCUAUCGUCGCCUUUACUGGCACCAUCACCUUUGAAUUAUACAAGAAUGUGUUUUCUUGUUCACUGUCUAAAAAGGUUGAAAAGUUCGCAACAGUGGUUAAGCAGACAAAAAGCUGAUCCUUACGUGGAAAAAGCUAAAGUAUACAAUUACAGGUGUCGCAGUGCUUUCAAAUUGAUAGAAAUGAAUGAAAAAGCGAAUAUUCUCUCUCCGGGUCUAUCUGUCAUAGACCUUGGAGCAUCUCCUGGAUCCUGGACUCAGGUUGCUGUUCAGUUAACAAAUGCUGAUGGAGCUGAUAAAACAAAACCUAAAGGCUCAGUACUUGCUAUUGACAAGUUACAUAUUUUUCCAAUUCAGGGUGCUACAAUAAUUAAUAAUUUGGACUUUUCUACAAUAGAAGCUCAUGACAAGGUUGUAGAGGCUCUCAAUGGCAAGCAAGUGGAUUUAGUAUUGUCUGACAUGGCUCCAAGUGCUACCGGUGUCAAGGAGUUGGACAAAGAUAGAAUAAUUGGUCUUUGUUACAUGGCCAUAAGAUUUUCUGCUCUAGUCACUAAAAUUAAUGGUAAUUUGUUAUUUAAAGUCUGGGACGGCAAAGAGGUUCCGAUACUAGAAAUGGACUUGGAAAGAUUCUAUAAUAAUAUAAAGAUUUUAAAGCCUAGAGCCAGUAGAUCAGAUUCUUCUGAAAAGUUUAUCCUUGCCAGAGGAUUCAAAGGAGUACAACUGCCUUUGCGGAAUGGUAAAAUAAAAGAGGAGAUAAAAAACUAUUAGAGUAAGUUAAGUAUAAAAUAUAAAAAAAUAAAAGAACAUCUGGAAAGAAUUUCAUUUAAUUUUGUUGCAGCAUUUUCAAGCAAUAUUUAAUUGAAAACAGUAUUUAAAUAAAAAAAAUUGUAACACAAUAUUAUACAUAGAACUCACACACAGGCCAAUCAAAGAUUUGUACCAUUUACUUGAACAAAAUAUAUCACAAUACCAUAGGUAGCCUCUAAGCAUGAACUACUUAAAAUUAUGUACCUGUUUUUUUUUUUGGACAUUGAAAUAAUAAAAUCUAUUCUAUUCACAAAGUUAAUCCCAUAACAUAAAAUCCAGCAUUAUAAGUUAUGUAUAUGGCAAUAACAAUCUUACUAUUUGCUAUAUUUGUUCUAUGUACAUAACAUAGACAAAGAGUUUGUAGGUAACCAUAAAGUCAUAUGCUGGAUUUUUUUAUACAUUUAGAUUCAGAUUCAUCUAUACAGAUAUUAUAAAGAAAAAUAAUUAUUUCAGAUAUCUUUACCAUACAAUACCUCAUUAGUCAUUUUAGGUGUUUAUGGAUUUAGAUUUCCUAUAUACAAUAUUUAUUCUCUCACCUAAAACCAUACAAACAAAUACCUCACUAUUUAUAAUGAUUCUGCAUUAGCCACAAACUUUUAUCUAUUAAUAUUUAGUGUACAGUUGUUACCAUAAUUAAUUCACCUAAAUCAAUGCAACAUUAGUAUCAACAU